UAGAAAGCAGUGGCCAUCACUCGCUUUAAUCUGAACGUUGCACAUAAUGAAAUGCUUGCGUGCCUGGUUGAACAGAAGUUACGUCUCCUAAUGUAAACUCACUGAAUGCGCAGCGCAGGAAGUAGCUUACAGGAUUAUCAUUGCUCUCUGGUGACUUCUGCACUGUUUUUACACCUUCCUUCUAAAUAAGGAAGCAGCUCGCUAGACAUAUGACCAUGAGACCAAUUUGGGUGCUGUCAAAAACCCCAUCACAUCCCAUGAUCACACAAAGCCAUCCAAUGAAACUGAAUUCCCACCUCACUGGUGGAAUGAAGGCGCACAUCUGAACAACUCGAAGACUUGGCAUUGCAGACCAGGGGCUUCACUUCUUGCUGGAUUGCAGAUUUACUUUUGGAGAGAUGGCGAAACGCGAGUGACGUCACACAGGCGUGGAUGGAUGGAUGGUGAUCUGGGUACACGGCACGGGUGAUAAGGCUACCCUCCGCGGCCGUCGGCGUUGUCAGUUCAGAGAGCCAAGGGGCUGCAAAACAUGGUCAGCGCCACCUCCAUCACAAGCUCCGUUGGUCACUCGCAAUUCUCAACGCUGCUCACGGGCUUUAGUUUCAUGUCCGACACUCUGAUCUGCCUUCCAAAAAUAAGCCACUGCCAACAUGCUAAAGGAAGAAAAAUAAGAAGGGCGGUAUUUUUAGGGCCAUUAAUUUUGACCACGUGCCCAGAAGGUGAACCGGAUGGCCAUUGCGCAAAGGCCGCUCAUCACUAUGUCCUACGAGGCCAGCACUCACUGGACGCUGUAUAGGAUUGUACUUCUGGGGCUGCUACUCGGGAUUGUGUCAUCAUAUCCAAUUCCAAGCAGGACUAAUGGCACUUUGUUGGAGAGAAGAUGGGAAACUCUGUUCUCCAGGUCCAUUCUUGGGAUCUCUGGGGAGAAAUCAGACCUGAACUGGGAAAGUGACUAUUUGCUGGGAAUCAAGCGAGUCAGGAGGCUUUACUGCAAUGUGGGCAUCGGCUUUCACCUUCAGGUCCUCCCAGAUGGAAGGAUAAAUGGUGUACACACUGAAAACCAGUACAGUUUGUUGGAAAUCUCAACAGUCGAACGAGGAGUGGUUAGCUUAUAUGGAGUGAAAAGUGAUUUGUUUGUGGCAAUGAAUAGCAAAGGAAGAUUGUAUGGAACGGCCAUUUUUCAAGAUGAGUGCAAAUUCAAAGAAACCUUGUUACCAAACAACUACAAUGCCUAUGAAUCUUCAGUGUACAGCGGCUCAUAUAUCGCAUUAAGUAAACAUGGAAGAGUGAAAAAAGGAAGUAAAGCCUCACCUUCAAUGACAGUGACACAUUUUCUUCCAAGAAUAUAAGGAAAACAUCCAUUGAUUACCUACUAAUUUGCACAUGUGAAUAUUCUCCCAGGUAAAAGAAAAUCACUUCAUCAUAUGUAUAUUUGGUUUGAUCUAUUUGUAUGAGGUCUCUUAUCUAUGCCACUUGCUGCUUAUUGUUUAAAAAGGACCGAAUGGUCUAUUCUCAUAUGGGUGCUUGCCAUGACUGCUAAAGAAAUUUUACCCUGCCAUAAAGGAUGACAAAUAUCUUUAGCUUUUAGACGUGCAAUGGAUAUUUUUUAUUACCUCAAAUGGCAGCCUUCUGCCUGACAAGGAUACAUGAAGACAGACUCAGUGGAAUUCAGUGCCUUUUAAAACCCUUGGAGGAUGGUAUGGUAUUCAGAAAUUUCCCAGUGCUAUCAUGAAGAAUGCCACUUCAUUUCUGUUUCACCAAACUUAUACUGACAAGGCCUUUGGACUCUUAUUUCAUAGCACUUUGGAAUCUGAUUAAACAGACCGCACUUACAAAUCAAAUUUUUGGUUGCCAUGUAAUUAAACAGCAAUUUUUAAUUCAGGGUUUGAUACUAUGGGUGCAUCAAAACAUUUUAUGCCAGGAAUAAAGAAAAAUUGCUGCAAACAAGAUGAGAACAAUGUGUCCUUAAAUACAUAAUGUAUGGUUACAUGCAAAGGCUGCUCUGUGUUACAUUCAGAAUAGUUUUUCUUUUGAUAGAAAACAAAAAAACUCCUUUUUAUUUAGGAAAGACUUAUGGCACACCAUAUGCACAUCUCAUUGUUUAUAUAACCCUGCAAGAAUGCUAGUCAUGCUUGGUGUAGGUUCCUUCCAAAAUAUCUGAGAAGACUCCUAUUUCGGAUGUCAUUAUAAAUGUCGGUCAAUGGAAGCCUUUAAAUUCUUGUAGUUAUGGGUCCUCUCCCAUUUAAACCAUUUUUAGUCCAAGGUCAGGACUGUGUCCAAGCUAUGCACGUUCUUUUGCUUUAAGGGUUAGCACAGUCAGGUUUGGUCAUAACUAACAAAAGAGAAGUAAACAUAUAAGGAAAGCUGGAUAGAAUUGGAAACAUGUAUACGGUAUAGUGAAGAAGAGUGUAAUGAUAAUGUGGCACAUCUUUGUUAUCUGUUACAUU